AGCCAUGUCUCGGCAGUCUGUCUGCAGAAGCUUUGGAGGAGGGAGUAGAAGGGGCUACAGCUCUUGCUCUGCCAUCGGUGGUGGCUUUGGAGGAGGCAGCAGCAGGAACAGAAUCAGCUACAGCUCAUAUUCCUCAUCCAGGGGAUUUGGAGGUGGUGGACAGUGUGGAGGGUUUGGCAGCAGGAGCCUCCACAACAUGGGUGGCAGCAGAAGAAUUGCCAUAGGUGGAUGCUACGGUGGCGGAGGCUAUGGAGGCAGAAUGGGUGGCUUCGGUGGAAGCUACGGAGGAGGAAUGGGUGGCUUUGGUGGAGGAAUGAGUUGUGGAGGAAUGGGUGGCUUUGGUGGAGGAAUGGGUGGUGGUGGAAUCGGCGGUGGAGGAAUGGGUGGCUUUGGUGGGGGAAUGGGUGGUGGAGGAAUGGGCGGCUUUGGUGGAGUAAUGGGUGGCGGAGGAAUGGGCAGUUUUGGUGGUCCCGGCUUCCCCGGAGGCAUCCAGCCGGUGCAGGUUGACUCGAGUCUCCUGCGGCCAGUCCACGUUGAGAUUGACCCCCAGAUCCAGCAAGUCAAAAACCAGGAGAAGGAGCAGAUCAAGACUCUUAACAAUCAGUUUGCUUCCUUCAUUGACAAGGUGCGCUUCCUGGAGCAGCAGAACAAGGUGCUGUCCACCAAGUGGGAGCUCCUGCAGCAGCAAGGGCCCUCGGGGCCGAGGAAGAACCUGGAUGUCCUCUUUGAGAAUUACAUCCAGAACCUGAGGAGGAGGCUUGAGUCUCUAGUGGGGCAGAGGGGAGAGCUGGAGUCGGAACUGCAGAACAUGCGGCAAUACGUCGAGGAGUACAAAACCAAGUACGAAGAAGAAAUCAACAGGCGCACGGCUGCUGAGAACGAGUUUGUGGUGCUGAAGAAGGAUGUGGACUGUGCCUACAUGACCAAGGUGGAGCUGGAAGCCAAGGUGGGAGCUCUGACUGACGAGAUCAACUUCCUGAGGUGCAUCUACGAGGAGGUAAGAGCCUGCCCGAGCUGCAGCGAGGUGCGGGGUGAGUCCAGGCAGCGAGGGCAGGCGGGGUGCCUGUGGGGCCUGGGAGAAUCGCUGGGGCUGCCGGAAUG